AUGCUCAUGCUCGAUGCCCUUCUCAAUGCAACCUUUGAUGACGACGUCUUUCGCGAGGACUCAUCCACCCUGCAGCUGGAGGCUGCCGUGGCUCAAAUGGCCGGCUGUGAGGACGCGUGCUUUGCGCUGACAGGCACAAUGGCAAACCAGAUCGCCCUCCGUGUGCUGUUCGAGCAACCGCCCUACGCGCUACUCACCGACAAGCGCGCCCAUAUUCUCAACUACGAAGCCGGGGGUACCGCUUACCUGACAGGCGCAAUGGUGCAAGCGGUGGCCCCCUCAAACAACCUCUUCCUCACCCUCGAGGAUAUCAAACCACGCGCGACCAUCACUGAGGACGUGCAAAAGGCGCCGACAAAGGUAAUUUCGCUCGAAAACACUGCCCAUGGGGCGAUUACGCCGUUGGCCGAGAUGCGGCGCAUCAGCGCCUGGGCGCGACAGCACGGCAUUAAGCUGCACCUCGAUGGCGCCAGACUUUUCCAGGCUGUUGCUACGGGGGCUGGCAGCGUGAGCGACUUUUGUGCACUCUUUGACACCAUCCAUGUCGACUUCUCGAAGAAUCUGGGCGCCCCUAUUGGGACGAUGGUGCUCGGAUCGCGAGACAUCAUUACGCGGGCACGUCGAGUUCGAAAAGCUCUCGGCGGUGGACUGCGGCCGACAGGAUUGAUCUGUGCGAUGAUGCGUGCGGCGGUCGAGGAGAACUUUGGGUGGGAGGGUCGUGGUGAGCUGGCACACGGCAUGCGCAGGUCGCAUGCGAUGGCCAAGCGCCUGGGGACAGAGUGGCAACAGCGCGGAGGACAUCUCAUACGACCUGUGGAAACGAAUAUAGUGUGGCUGGACAUUCGGGCCGCGGGGUAUAUCGCCGAAACUUUUGCGGCUGUUGGAGCGAAGUACGGAGUCAAGCUCGAUGGAGGGAGGCUGGUUGUGCACUAUCAAAUGACUGAGGACUCGGUGCAGCGGAUGCUACAGGUGUUUGAUGAGUGUUUUGCCAUUAGCAAGGCUCGGCUCUAG